AUGACGUUCCAGGGACUUCCGUCUACGGUACACAAACGGAUCUUUUCCUUGCUUGAUGUUCCCUCAGUGUGUCGACUUUACAUUGCCUUUUCUGAGGAGCCAGUGGCGACCACAAUAGCUGAGUUUCUCGAUACCACCAAGAUACGAGUCUCCGCCGAGUAUGUAAUCACUGGAGAUACGGAAAAGAUUGAUUUCGAUACAUUAGCAAAGCUUCCUCCAUGUGAUAUUCACGUCGACACUUCACCGGGACUUAUGCAAUUGACUGGAUGGCACCUCCAGAGAAUCCCGUAUAAGCUGUUGGCAUUGUCAAUUGACGCCUAUUUCAAAGAUGGGGGUCAAUUACAACUUACAGGUAUAGAACCUAGUGAGUUAAGUCUCACACGAAUGAGACUUGAUACCGAAAGCAUCCCUACCACUGUCGCUAAGCUUUCACUUGACCAUUGUACUAUCAAGCUGGUACAAAGCUUUGAGCACUUGCUGAGCCUUACCCACUUUUUUGGGAAAACUUGCAACUUUAAUGAUAGCCUCAAGUUGCCUCAGCUGAUCACUAAUCUUGAGAUUCACCAUGAAGACGAUGGCUCGGAUCUCUCUGAUCUGUUCAAGUUUGACGCUCUGGGCUUGAGAAAUCUUAGACACGUGUGCCACCAAAACAUGGCUAACCUCCCCUGGUCCCAGCUUGAAUCAGUUACCCACGUGACAUCUAUUGAGAGUGAUCAUUUGGAUCAAGUUGAGGAGAUUCACUUUUGUCUGACUAAACACUCUCUUAAACACAUAUCAUGUCCCAAGCUUAAGUGUGUGAGAUACAGUACUGCUGACUUACAGUCACUGGUAGACGUCACUGAGCGUUUCACAACCUCUCAACUUGCCCAGUUAGUUGAGCUUGAGAGUAAUUUUACAGUGCGUGACUUGUCGUUGGUGCCAAACAUCCAAAAGUUGCACAUUUCCGUCGAUGAACCAAUCACUGAUGCUUUUGAAAUUUCUCCCAAAUUGAUGGAGUUGGGAGUUUACUCGACAAACUCUAUUGAGAGUGUUCCCGCUCAGCUUAAAGUAUUCAAGUGCUGGGGGGCUAGAGACGUCAAUGUCCAAUCGGCAAACCUUAGAGAGUUGGCCAUUGAACGAGCGUCACACGCUGACAUUAAAUGUCCUCGACUCACCGCGUUGAAGUUGGAAGAAAUCGCAGAGAUUGGUGAGAUUUUCACCCCUAACUUGGUCAAAUUAUCUUGUGGACUGUGUGAAACGGAAUUACCAUUUGAAACGGCAUUUCCCCGUCUUGCUUACUUAACUGUGGCUGACUUGAGCCAAGACCUUGCUCUUGAGCGGCACCUCAAAUCUGUUGAGCUUGAGAGUUUUGAUGUGGAAACUUUGUCACUUUCGGCGGAUGUGGUGUCUCUUAGUAAUGGCCAUAGUGAGUCAUAUGCUAUUACAGCUAAUGUGUUCCGUUCCAACGUUGGUAUCGAAGACGUUAGCGAAAUCAGCUGCCGUGAAUUGCAAUAUUACACAAUCUAUAAAGUCCCCCUAAUGGUUGAAAAGUUAACCAUUGACUGGGCCUCGCUAUACGACUUUGAUGAAGACUUUCCCGUCCCCAAUGUCGAGGUGGAACCAAUGGACGACCCGCAACUUCUUGAGCUUGAACAAUGCGACAGACUCAGGUCCAUCCUUAUCAAGUCUGCCAACUUUAGCGAAUACGAAGGGGACACCAUUACCAUCCCUUCUUCGGUUGUUCAAUUCAGAUUGGGUAAAUUUGCAUUAGGUGACUCGAAGUUUGACAUUGAGGAUGAAUCACAUGUUAUCCAUUUUGAGUGCUGUCGGAGUGAUGAAGAAGACUCAUUGGAAACAUUUGGGUUUUCUAAACCACCAGCAUCAUGCUAUAUGCCUCCCAAUAAUGUGAGCUUUCAACCGGAUUUACUUAAAGGCGAAGACGAUGAUGAUGAUGACAAUGACUCCCUGUAUAAACGGCACCGGAGCUCAUGA